UGGGGGUGGGGGGGUGCUUCAUGUUUGAAUUCUGAGACUCCACCUUCUGUCGCUUAUAUGAGCGAUCGUACAUUGACGGCAUAACGAGCAGACGAAUUAGGAGCCAUGCCGUCGGCAGGAUUGGAGAUACUAGGAGUGACGCUAGCCGUCCUAGGUUGGAUCUUAGGCCUGACAUCCUGCGUAUUGCCCAUGUGGCGAGUAUCGGCGUUUAUCGGCGUCAACAUCGUGACGGCGCAGACCAUCUGGGAGGGUAUCUGGAUGAACUGCGUGGUGCAGAGCACGGGCCAGAUGCAGUGUAAACUCCACGAUUCUAUGCUAGCUCUCAGCGGCGACCUACAGGCCGCCCGGGCUCUCACCGUCAUCUCCAUUGUGGUGGGCCUGACGGGCCACUUGGUGGCUAUGAUGGGGGCCAAAUGCACCAAUUGCGUGGAGGAUGAGCGCGCCAAAGCUCGGGUGAUGAUCGGUGCCGGAGCGGCGUUCGUUUUGGCGUCUUUGACCCAACUCAUUCCGGUGUCGUGGUCUGCUAAUGCUAUCAUCUCGGAGUUCUACAAUCCCAUCAUCCCCGAAGCCCAGAAGAGGGAGAUUGGGGCGGCUCUGUACGCCGGGUGGGCGUCCGCCGCCUUCUUGCUUCUCGGCGGAGCCAUCCUCUGCUCCAGCUGCCCGCCUGAGCCCGAGAAGAGGUACGGGCCCCCGUCCAAGAUUAUAUAUCCGCCGAGCAGAUCCAUCCCCGUGAGCGGCUACGAGCAGAAAAACUACGUGUAAUGGGACUUUUAAUGGACAAGGUGUUUCUAACUGCGUUCCAUACUGGUGUCAAAAAAUCUGUAAAUCACUCAUUUUCAAGGGAAAUAUUUUAUCAGUGACACGAUAGACAUUCAUUUAUUAUUAUUAUUAUUGUUUUUUUUUUUAAAACAAGAUUAAACUUUUAAUAGUAGAUUUUUUCCCCCUUGAAUUUCACUUUUUUUUUUUUGCAUUUUACUGAUAGCAGAAUUUCACUUGUUUUUGCAGAUUUUUUUUUUGUGGUUUCAUUAUUUUUAAACAGAAUUUCACUUUCCUUUUUAGGAGCUUUACUAUAAGUGGAAUUUCACAUUUUGCUGAAUAAAUUUUUUAGGGCAGGGAGUAUCACUUUUUUUUUUUUUUUUUUUUGGCAGAUUCACUUUGUAUUUGUUUAACAUAUUUUUUUAAUUUUUAAAAAAUGUAAUUUUUUUUUUAAAUGCAGAAUUUCAAAUGCUUAAGUUGAAUUUCAUAUGUUUUGUUUUUUAUUGUUCUUAAUUUCUUUCUUUUUUUUCUUUUCAUGCAGAAUAUCCCUUUUUUUUUUUUUUUUUUUUUUUUUUUUUUGCAGAAUUUCACUUUUUUUGUUCUUGAUCUAAGUUACCUGAUCGGGAAACUCAUUUCACAUAUUCGUAAAUUGCAAAUGUAUGCCUGAGUGUUUUUACCAUCUAGUAAACUAAGGCAACCCAUAAAAUAAAUAUCAAAAACCUGGCACUCGUGAAGAUCAGCAAAAAUGUCGUUAACUCAUUCCCUGCCAUUGACGACAAUAGACGUCCGAUCAUUUGCAACUGACCUCUCCCAGUUCAAAUGGAUUGGACAUCUAUGGCCAUUUAUGGCAAACAAUGAGUUGACUUAUUCACUGGAUACUGUCCCAGGAAAAAUAUUAAGUAUCAGUGUAAACAUUUUUGACGAUCAUUAAUUUUUUGUGGGUUUUUUCUGUCAAGGAUUUCCAGUUCCUAUUCUUUGCAAAUUUGUAUUAACACGAACACACAGUUUGGAUGUUAAAAAGAAAAAAUCCUCUGUAAACUUUUAUAUUUGAUAUUGUUGAUAUUGAUGAUAUGAGGCCUAAUUAAAUAAGGCGGACUGAUAUUAUUGAGGAAUAGAAAAGGGGGGUAGGUUUUAAUAAGCAUAUGCUUCAUCCUACUCCUUUUUGAACACAAUGAAUAAAUUCUAAUAUUUAUUAUUAUUAUUGUCUUAAAUAUUGUUGCUGUUAUCUCAAGUAUUAUAAUUGGUUUGUAUUUUUUGUUUUGUUUUGUUUUGUUUUGUUUUUUUGUUUAUAACUUUUAUUUUCUCAUGUCCAAAAUAAAGCAUUCUCAUUCUCAUUCUCAUAUUUAA